GGUUUGUUGAUAAGCUUCAAGGCUUCAAGUUUGGAGGUUUGGUUAAAUCGUGGCUAAAUUUGUGAACUUUUCGUGUGCACAACUUUCUGAAUUGAAUAGAUUACUUAUUCAGUGUUACGUUCACUUACAAUUAAAUUGUUACACAAUCAUGUGGAUCUGCAAGAAGUUUCAUACACGCAUAUUCUACGAAUCUGAUCUUGCUUGUCAUGUUCAAUUGCGCUCAUCCUAGGAUUGUCAAAUCUCUUGUUUUCUGCUAUGACAGAGAAUAUGAACAUGAACCUAGAAUCAUAUGUAAUCACCGAGGUUCCUCCAAAAGUACAUUACAUUCCAAAUUUCAUUACUCCAGAAGAAGAGGAAAAUAUUUUGAAUAAAGUGAAUAGCAGCCCAAAACCCAAAUGGACCCAGUUACGCAAUAGGAGACUUCAAAACUGGGGUGGAGUGCCCCAUCCCAAUGGCAUGAUCUCUGAAAAAAUUCCUGAGUGGCUUGAGUUUUACAUGGAUAAGAUUAAUAAGUUGGCUGUGUAUAAUCAAAGCAAUCGGCCUAAUCAUGUUCUCGUUAAUGAGUAUCUUCCUGGACAAGGAAUUAUGCCACAUACUGAUGGUCCUCUAUUUCACCCUAUUGUGACGACCAUAACCUGCGGAUCUCACACUGUUAUAGAAUUUUAUGAACGUCAUUCAACUGAGGAUUUCACAAAAGAUCAAGGUUGCACUACAUCUGAACUUGGCCUUCCGAAACCCUGUGCCACUCUCCUGUUAGAAAGACAAAGUUUAUUAAUUCUGCAAGAAGAUAUGUACCAUCGCCACCUGCAUGGGAUAUCAGAACAAACGCAAGAUACCAUUGAUGAAACCAUCAAGAACCUUCAUCUGUGUCAAGCGAAGGUAGGUGAUGAGUUAAAGCGUUCAACUCGAAUUUCACUCACCAUACGAAACGCACCAAAGAGUACCAAAAUAAAGUUAUUUUCUUAGGAUUCAUCAUCAAAUUACACUCAUGUAUCACUCAUUAUAUAAGUAAUGUGAUAAAAUGACCAAUUUGCAUGUCAGAAAAUGUCGUAUCAAAGUUUGUUGUAGAGUCAAAGAAAGUUGAUUUAAAAUGAAAAAAAAAGAAGAAAAAAAUUGUGACCAAUAGGUGAUUGAGAAGUAAA